GAGGGAUCGGUGUUUGGAGCCACAAACACCAGAGAUCUCGUGGAGAAGCUCUGCAGGUGGUCUUUUUUGGGGUCAGAUACCAAGGUGCUGAGCACCAGUGAGCACCAGACUUGGGUGAGCUGUGGGGGUUGGGUGGGGUUGGCAUGGAAGUUCGUGGUGUGGGUCAUGAUGUCAUGAAAUCGCCGUCUCGGGACGCGGCUUGUCAGAUGCCUCUGGGCUCCAGGCUCGGGAUGAUGACGAGGCUCACAUGAGUCGUCAGACUGGCAGAUCUGCACAGAUCUGCAGGCUCAUGUGGCGCUGUUCUUCAACGAGGCAUCAUCUUCAGCCGUCUAAGGCGGAGGAAAGCAGGGCAGAGGUCGUUUCGGAGCUGUUGGACCUCUGUAGGAGCUCACCAGCGUUGAAGUCCGACGUUUUCAGGAGCUUGGCCGAGCAGAAGGAGGGAGAGUUGGCCUUUGCACUCUUGGAGGAAAUCCGAAAAGAUGGGAAAAUCAAACUGAAUGCUUCCAACUAUACGGUGGGCAUUUCAUCUUGUGCCAGGUCCAAACUGACGCUGCAUGCAUUGAGGCUAUUGAAAGAGAUGCCAACGGCCAGGGUUCAGCUAAGUGUUAUUAGCCACAAUGCAGCCAUCAGCGCCUGUGAAAAGGGCAGGCGGUGGCAGCAAGCAUUGGAGUUGUUUGAGGACAUUUGCCGAGCGGAGCUUCAGCGAAGUGUCUUCAGCUUCAGUUCAGCGAUCAGUGCAUGUGAAAAGGGCCAGCAAUGGGUGGUAGCUUUGAAGUUGUUUGACACCAUGCUAGAAGUAAAAGUCCAGCCAAAUGUCAUUAGCUACAACGCGGCCAUCAGUGCUUGCGAGAAGGGCCGGCAGUGGCAGCAAGCUUUGCAGUUCUUCGAGGCGAUUCCCAAGCCUGAAGUCAUUAGCUACAGCGCGGCCAUAAGUGCCUGUGAGAAGGGCGGACAAUGGCAGCAAGCUCUGAACUUAUUUGAGAGUUUGCCCCAAAGCAAAACAGUACCAGAUGUUAAGAUGUACAACGCAACGAUCAGUGCCUGUGAAAAAGGGGGGCGAUGGCAAGAAGCCUUGACAGUGUUUCAGGCCAUGCCCAAGGCGAAGCUUCAACAUGAUGUCAUUAGCUACUGUGCUGCCAUCAGUGCCAUCGAACGCGGUGCCGAAUGGCAGCAAGCGUUGCAGCUGUUUGACAUCAUGACUAAUGCACAUAUUCAACCUGACAUCGUUGCCUACAACGCCCUAUUUGACAGCUUGGCCAUUCACAACACUGAGCUUGGCCGAUUGCUCUUUGCGCAGAGCAACGUACCAGUGCUGUUGGCUGUGCGAAGGUCUGUGGCGAGGGAGAUCGACCUUCACAACCUCUCAGAGGGCAGUGUCCACUUGGCGUUGCUUCACUGGUUGUCAACUGCAGUGACCAAAGAGCUGGAGCAGCUGGCGCUGUCAGCUUCACACACCUUGGCGGAAAGCGGUUUCCCGCUUCACGCGGAACGAGCGGAACGAGCUGCUCACACGCACAACGGGCGCGACGCGGUGCUCACGCGGUGCAGCCUCAGCUGCAUCAUUAUCACAGGCUAUGGAAAGUCUCGCAAAGAUUGGCAAAGAAGAAAUGUACAACAGGCGGCCUUGAAGUUCUUCCAGGACCUCGAGCUCAAUGCGUCGCCGUUGCCGGACAACCCGGGUCGACUUCAUGUGGUUUUGACGCAGAGGGACCUGCCAGUACUGCGCGGUGUGGGUCGAUUUGGCAGAUGAAUUCAAUGGAUGAAGGGAUGCGCUGGCGGUUCGCCGCAUGCCAGGCUUGCAAGACAGUCAGGCUCGCAGCUCGAUCCUUCUUGAGCUGGAAUUGAACAGCUGGAACCGACAAGGCUCGGGUGAUUCGGAGGUGGGGCCUCGCACCGUUUACUUUCGACGUUUUGAGCUUUUUUGACCAUUCUCGGAUGCUUUGGCCGUAGAGCUGGGUGGGGGGUUACGUGACGCCACGCCACGC